CAUAAAAAUUUCAAACUAGCUUUGAACGUGUACCAACGAGUCAAGCAAAUUGACUACCUAAUUACGUUCAUUUAGUUUUAUAGUCAUAUUUUAAGCUGUUCUAAGAGUAUAUUGCUUAGAUCAGAUUGAAAUUGAAGUCCACGCGACUUCAUAUUUCUAAUUUUGUGAGCAUAUUAUGAAUACAACAGCAUCUUAUUCUUCAGAACCUUCAUGGAGUCGCCGCUGCUCAACGGAGACUGUAUUCAGCAUCCAGGGAAGAGAAACUGAUUUUGUCCGCGACACAAGUGACACAGAGUGGUGCAGUGAUGAGCAGGGCGUGGAGUUCGAGCCCGUCACCGAGCCGGAGGAAGAGGGCGCGUUCAUCGGGGACACUUCCUGCCCGAGCGACUCAGCGGAACUCGCUUCGCUGCCGACUCAGCCCACGCACCGCUUCCAGAACGAGAUAAUAGCGACGCGCGUGGUGGAGGUGAGCGUGCGGGACGACGGCGCGCUGCAGCUGGCGGACUCCGAGUGCAGCGCCUCCAGCAGCGACAGCGAGCUCGACCUGCACGACUACUGGCUGUGCGCCACGUGCCGCGCCGCCAACAACACGCCGCUCUACCGCUACUGCGAGAAGUGCUUCCGGAUACGCAAAAACUUCUUCCCUCCGAGACCGAAACCGAAACGAAAACGCAAACCGAGCUCCGAACCGACUGAAUCCCAGCCGGUGUCCUCCCAGGACUCCGGCGUCGUAUCCCUCGCCCACAGCCAGGGAAGCGAUGUCGCUGCCCUGCUGAAUACCGACUCGGAUAGACUGAAACGCGUCAGAAGCUUAAUAUAUUCUGACUCUGCCGAUACCGAUUCUUAUUCGGAUAGCGAGAGUGAAGAUGAGAAAUUGAUUUCUACUGAAGCGAGUGAAGAGGUGAGAAAAAAAUCGAAUCCACCUAGAAGACCGAAACGCAAACGUAAACAGAGCUUCGACAAGUGUUCGCAAGAUACAGGAGUGCAGACGGGCAGUCAACACUCCGAGCAUUCCGAACACGUCGAAUCGGACAAACAAAACGAUUCCGAUUCGAAUAAACGUCGAUUAACAGAGGAAUCAGAAAUACGAUCUCAACUACUUUCGAAGCGAAUAAAAAUCGAGUAUGACACAGAUAUCGAUUCGGAGUCUAAAAUCGAUGUCGCGCCACUAAGCAAGACGGUCAGCGACCCCGCUCUCACCAUCCACACACUCCCUCAGGUAAAUAUCUGUCAAAGUUCCACAGACAACACAAAUAUCUGUCAAAGUAAAAGUCAAACUACAGACGACACAAACAGCGACGCUGUCAAGCGCGAGACGGGCACAGAUAAAAAAGACAAAGCGGACAAUACGUGUAUAAUUUGCACGACCGAGCCCAAGUCGGGUGUUUUCGUUCACGGUCGGAUCGCGCACAUCUGCUGUUGUUACAAAUGCGCGGUAGAAGUAUGGAGGAAAACUAAGCGGUGUCCCGUCUGUAAUUGUAAAGUUAGUAAUGUUUUACGGGCCAUUGUCAUGUAAACAUUUUCUUAAACAAAACUACAUUGACACAUCGAUUAGAAACACACUAUGGGUCAUCACAUAUUAUAUUUCUGUCAGAGUUUUUCUAAUGUAACCGGAUAAAGCUAUAAUAAAAAAAAAAUUUAUGUGCGUCGUAAGAUCAGAGUAUCUCCCGGGAACAGUUAGAAUUUUUCUGACAGAAAUUUCAGAUUAUUUUCGUUUUAACAUUAACAACAAAAUCACAUUUUAGUUUAAAAAAAAAUAAAAUCUGACAUCAAACAUAUAUAACUUAUCCAAAAUUGGAAUGAAAUAAAAUGCAGUAUCGAUUGCAUUUUAUAGAUUCCUAAUCAACUAACCAUCCAUGGAUACAACGCUAAAACUUCAUACAUAAAGACCGUCCGCAUACAUUCUACUUUAUCUGAAUCAGAAAAAAAAAUUUAAAAAAGUUAAUAUAUAACUUGUAGAUGCGCUCUAGCCUUGUAGGUUAUCUUAACUAAAAAUUUUAACUUGAGACAACUUUCAAUGUAAAAAAAACCAAAGAAAGAUACACUUACAUGUGUAUACAAAUUAAAUCAUUGAAAAAUAUAUUG